UUCUAUUUGAUAUUGUUCCACGCAAACGCAGCCGUAAUGAUAGGAGGUACCGCAUUAAUAGCGACAGGAAGUAUAUUGAUAGUUUACCAAAAGCAUGCAUGCGGAAUGUUUCAAAUCACCUGUUAUCGUAUUGAACGAGCAAUGGCAUUCGAAACUUUACAAAAAAACAACUGGAAGAAUAAGAAUUUGAUCUACAAGGGAUUAAUUUGUGCCGUGGAUAUGCAUCGCAAAGCUAUGAAAUUAUCUCACUCAAUAGUAUCUAGAUUUAAAGUAAUGAUCUCCUUAUUGAUAAUCGUCGGGGUGAUUGGCGCAAGUUUGAAUUUCUUUCGGAUUUUUCAGAUAAUAUCGUUUGGAUUCGAUACAGUGGAACUUUCAUUACACGUAAUGUUUAGCAUCAUCCAUUUCAUUUACGCAUUCGUAGGCAACUAUCUUGCGCAAGAAAUUAUGGAUCACAAUAAUAAUGUAUUUGCAACUAUAUACAAUGCCCAGUGGUACGUAGCUCCGUUGCAAAUACAAAAAAUGAUCCUGUUCCUCUUGCAAAGAGGUACCAAGGCGUUCACUAUGAAUAUCAAUGGACUAUUUGUGGGAUCAUUAGAAGGUGCUGCUACGUUACUGAGCACGGCAGUGUCGUAUUUCACCGUUCUGUAUUCUACACAAAAUUGAUGCAAAAUAAAUCAACUAAUAUAGUGCAGUGGAGUAAUAAUAAUGAGGAAACUAAUUUAGAAUACAUUAAGCACAAAUGAUAUAGUAUAUAUAAUCUAGAAAGCGGUCUCAAUUGAUAAUCUCGAUGGAAUUGUAAGAACUUCUUUUUAAUUCUAAGAAGGUA